AAUUGAACAUAAAAAGCAAUCGCGCUCGCGGGCAAAUUAAUGUAAAAAAAAAAAAAUAUUUGUAAAUUUGUGGCUUAGGUGCAUAGAGCCUGCGAAAUUUUUAAAAAGCUGCAUUUUUGCUAGAAAAGUGAAUUGAGUGCAGUGAUGAAAAAAUGAGAAAAGCAAUGUGCAUUUUUCCCGAUAAUAGUGCAAUAUUUAUAAGCGUAAAAAUAAAUUGACGAAUUGUAAGGCAUACGAGCAGUUGUGCAGAGGUUAGGCAAAGAAGAAAACCUAAAAGAUUCGACUAAAUUGACGUGUGUGUGGUACCUAAAAUAUUUAUUGUGAACAGUAAGUUUGUUUUUCGUCGUACUUCUGCCUCUGCAAAUGCAAAACUAAAUACUGAAUAGUGAGCGCAAAAAACUUUCUUUAUUGAUGUACUAAACAGUCAACAGAUAAAACUAUGAAUUACCAAAAAGGCAUUAAGGAUCCCAAUUUGGAGAGGCAUACAAAAGGUAAAUCGCGUCAUUUCACGGUGAAUGGUUUUAAUACGCAUGCACAACAGCAACAACAACAACAACAAUUAUCGCAACAGCAAAACCAAAGUGACGUGCGUAAUAUUUACAAUAAUCCUUAUACGCCACCGCCAGCACCAACUUCCGCACCUACCCAACAACAACAACAACAAACACAUCGCUUGCAGCAACAACAACAACAAUUGUUGUACAAGUCUAUCGCCAGCGGUGUUGUUGGUGGUGUUGGAAAUAGUGGCGCCAAUCAGUACGAUUACCCACCAGCAGCUUCGAGUGAACUUCAACUACAGCAACAACAACAGCUACAGCAGCAACAAUUUCAACUACAACAGCAACAACAACAACAACUAAGUAACGUCUUGGAAGCAGACACUUUCACCAGCCAUAAUAAAGUAGAUCAAAGUAUUGAACCGUUAAUGGACACGUAA